AGGAAAAAAAGCAAAGUGAUCCAUUGAAACAGAGUCAUUGCCCUCUCUUAAUUACGUAGAGUCUCACAUCUCUUCUCUUUUUUUCACCUUUCCGCUGCUUUGUAAGACUUUGGGGCUCGAGGUAAUUAGCUUGAAGAGCAUAAAACCAGCUGAUCGGGAGAGGGGUGGUGCAUUUUGGAGCGAGAUGGCUAACAGAAACAUUCUGUUGCUCUUCUGUGGACUCUUCCUCUUAGCACUGAUUCAGCCCUCUCUACAAGGAGGUGUGUAUGUACCACCUGGUGCUGGGAUCGGACCAGGAGGCGCUGGAACAGGCACUGGAUUCUUUCCAGGGUCUGUUGGAGGAGUCCCUUCAGGCUAUAAACCAGCCAAAGCUGCAGGAGGCUAUGGAGGUGGAGGCCAUGGAGGUGGUGGAGGCCAGGGUGUGGGCCCAGGGGGUUUGGUGCCAGGAGGUGUUGGACCUGGUGGCCAGGGCAUUGCAGGUUAUGGCAAUUUAGGAGGUGGUGGUUUUGGAGGUGGUGGCCUUGGAGGAGGUGGUUAUGGUGGAUACGGUGGAGGCACUGGGGGCUUUUUUCCAGGAGCUGGACACAAAGCUGCUAAAAGAGGUGCAGGGGGCCAUCUGCUACCACAGGGAGGGACUGGAGGAACAGUGCUCGGGGCAGGAGGAGUUCCUGGAGGCACAGGAGGUGGAGCUGCAUUGCCUGCUGGAGUACCUGUUAUUCCUCAGACAGGCCUUCCAGGAGGGGGAGCCGGUGGCGCGGCAGGAAAGAAAGCUUCCAAAGUGCCAGGUGUGGGUGUGCCUGGACUUUACCAAGGAGGACUGGUGCCAGGAAAAGGGUUUGGUGGACGUGGAGUUCUGCCUGGUGUGCCAAUGGGAACUGACCUGAAUCAAAAAUCAAUUGCAGGUGGAGGACAAGGAGGAGCUCAAGGACCAGGAAGCCGUGGGUAUGGUGGUCAGAUGCAAACAGGGGUGUUCCACGGAUACCCGCUCAAAUCACCCAAAGUGCAAGUUGGCUAUGGAGCAAAACCUGGAGGAGGAAAACUUCCCUUUGGUUAUGGAGGCUUUGGUACCGGUGGAGCUGGACUGCCAGGAGGACAAGCUGGUUCAAAACCUGGAUAUCCGAUUGGAACCGGUUUUGGUGGCGUUGGUGGUGUAGGUGGUGCUGGAGGUCUUGGCACUGGAGGUGUUGGCGGUUUUGGUGGACUAUAUCCAGGGCUGGGGCCAGGAGGAGUGGGACAAGGGGGCAUCUCACCUGCUCAGGCCAAAGCUGCCAAAUAUGGUUUGGGUGGUGUUGGAGGUGUUGGCACUGGUGGUGUUGGAGGUAUUGGUGCUGGAGGUGUUGGCCCUGGAGGUGUGGGCGGUACUGGUGGACUCUAUCCAGGGCUGGUGCCAGGAGGAUAUGGGGCUGGGGCAAAGGCUGCUAAAUAUGGAGUGGUGCCAGGGGCAGUACCUGGAGGAGUACCUGGAGAGGUACCUGGAGGGGUACCUGGAGGAGUGCCUGGAGGGGUACCUGGAGGGGUACCCGGAGGGGUACCGGGAGGUGCACCCCUUGGAGUACCAGGAGGAGUUCCAAGAAUACCAGUGGUUGGUGGAUAUUCACCAGCAGCCAAAGCUGCUAAAUAUGGGAUAGGAGGACAAUUAGGAACGGGGGGACAAUUAGGAACGGGAGGACAAUUAGGAACGGGAGGACAAUUCGGAACUGGAGGACAAUUCGGAACGGGAGGACAAUUCGGAAAUGGAGGACAAUUAGGAACUGGAGGACAAUUCGGAACGGGCGGACAAUUCGGAAAUGGAGGACAAUUUGGGACAGGAGGACAAUUUGGACCGGGAGGACAACUAGGAACUGGGGGAUACUCUUCUGCCGCCAAAGCUGCUAAAUAUGGAGGACUGGCAGGAGCAGGAGGACUGGGAGGAGCAGGAGGACUGGGAGGCGCAGGAGGACUGGGAGGCGCAGGAGGACUAGGUGGAGCAGGAGGACUGGGAGGUGGAGGAUACCCUGCUGCAGCAGCUGCUGCUGCCAAAGCUGCUAAAUAUGGGGCACUGGGAGGCGCUGGAGGACUGGGCGGAGCAGGAGGACUAGGAGGUGGAGGAUACCCUGCCGCAGCAGCUGCUGCUGCCAAAGCUGCUAAAUAUGGGGCACUGGGAGGCACAGGAGGACUGGGAGGCGCAGGAGGAUUGGGUGGAACAGGACAAGGAGGCCCUGGAGGACUUGGACAAACAGGACUUGGAGGACUUGGGGGUGCAGGAGGAUACUCAGCUGCUGCAAAAGCUGCUAAAUAUGGGGCUCUGGGAGGAGCAGGAGGACUGGGAGGAACAGGACUAGGAGCUGGAGGACUGGGUGGAGGUGGAGGAUACCCUGCCGCUGCCGCUGCUGCUGCUGCUAAAGCUGCUAAAUACGGAGUGGGAGGAGCUGGACAAGCAGGAGGCAGACUUCCAGGAGGAGCAGGACAGAUACUACCUGGUUUUGGCAGUUAUGGUGGUUAUGGAGCUGGUGCUGGAGUCAAACCCCCGAAGUACGCAGGAGUUUCAGGAGGAGCAGGGUUAGGAGCAGGGCUGGGAGCUGGAGGAUUUGUUGGGACAGGAGGAGCAGGAGGAGUAAUACCCGGAGCAGGUGGCCAAUACUCUGCUGCUGCAAAAGCUGCUAAAUACGGAGGCAUCACUGGAGUAGGACUCAGUGUGCCAGGAGCUACUCCAGAUACAGCUGUCAGAGGUGUUCCAGAUGGUUCUGCUGUUGUGUCACCUGGUGGGACAGGUCUUCCUUCAAAACCAGGAAAGGAUGUAUUUCUCGCUGGAACUGCUGGACCAGAGCUCAUGGCUAUUAAUGCAACUGGCAAAGCCCCAGAGGUCCCACCGCCCAGCGUUUCUGGUGGAAUUCUCCAGCCUGAUGCUGGCACAAGCAUUGGUGGAACAGGUGUUGGAGCACCUCCUGCUGUUGGAACUGGAGUCCAACAACCCGGAGGUGUUCCUGUUGGCACUGGUGUCAAAGCCCCCAAACCGUUUUUACCAGGUGCUGGAGGUGGAUAUCCCUAUGGUGGAACAUAUGGAGUUCCUUAUGGAGCAGGAACCGGCACUGGACCUGUUCCUGGAGCAGGAACUGGAGUUGGAACAGGAACACUGGCCGGAGCGAAGCCUCUGAAACCUCCAGCUGUGGGAGGAGCCGGAGGCGGAUUUGGAAUCCCACUGGCAGCAGGAGCUUAUCCAGGGGGAUACAUCCCAUAUCAUCAUGGUUAUGGACAGGCAGGUGGGUUGACGUAUCCCUCAGCAGUUGGACUGGGAGGUGCUGGUGGCGGAGUUAAACCACCCAAACCAGGCUAUGGGAAUCUUGGAGUUGGUGGUGGUGCUGGAUAUCAGCCAGCAGGUGGGGUUCCUGUAGCUCCUGGUUAUGGAGGUGGUUACCCCCAGCAGUACUACCAAGGUGGAUACGUACCAGCCCCACUGACUCCUCAACAAGCCAAAGCAGCCAAGUACGGUCCACUGCAGGGAUUCCUUGGUGGAGCAGGAGGAGCAGCAGGAGGAGCAGCAGGAGGUGGCGUCUACAGAGGUGGAGUCGCAGGAUGCCAGGGCAAAUUCUGCGGGAGGAGGAAGUAGAGGAUCUCUUGAGAUCCAGUGUGACCUCAAGAAAACUAUGGUGCUACUGCAUGAUUGAGAAUGUACAUUUUAUAUACCAGCAAACCCCCAUUAGUCAAUGUGUAAAGAUGUUUGUAUCACUGACUUGACUUCAGUAUCUGUUUUUAUACAAACCCACCGACCCACAGUCUUGUACACGUUCUUAUGGGACGUAUUGAUAGUUAUUGCUCGUGCCUUUAAUCUUUAAUGUGGUCACGUUAUUCAGUUUUAACUCCCUGUACUCCACCAGCCUACAUAGAAUACAAAGUGUGUUUGUGUCACCUUGUGUUGUAGUGUGUGUGUGUGUGUGUGUGUGUGUGUCUGUUUAGUCUUGUUUUGGCAUAUGGUUGUACUGUUGUGUGAAAGACUGUCUGAACCAUCGCCUGUAGUUGUGACCUACCAAUGAUUUCCCUCUCGGUUUUUAAUCCUAAAGCCAGGUGAUCUGUCCUCAGUGUGGCACAGAUCUCCUCUCUGACAUAUCACAGGGGCUGGGUUGGUCUGGGGCUCGUCCAAAAAACUGAAAUCUGGCCAAUCCCAGCGUCGUCUCUGGCUCCCCAUCUUUCCUUCGCUGCUAUUUUUAGGCCUGCUGGGUAAAGAGCAGCGGGAAUCGGAGCUCCGGCCAACCCAUCUGCUCACAGUAACUUUGCUGAGUCUUGUUGCUAUGCAGUUCAGUUUUCUCAGCAUUUUUAAUGUUGCCAAACUUGUGAUGUAUGAAGAGCAGCUGCUGCUCUGAGGAAAUGUGCUGAAGACAAUAAAAAAUGUUUAGUUGAUUACAGGAUUUUUAAAAAACAAAAGAAAGCAAAGUGUUGCCUUUUAGUUUCAAGAAGAAUAAAACCAUUCAGAUGCUACUCUGUCAUGUACAUUAUAUGUAUGAAUGUAUGAAUGCUUCAUAAGUAACGUGUCACUGUCCUAACGACUGGGACGGAGUCUGCUUCACAUGUUUAGUCUCAUCGCAGCACUUAUCUACAUUUAUGUAACUUUGUCAUUACAUGAUUACCCAAGAUUCUUUUGCACCAUGUUUUGACUCAUAGCUUUAUUGUUAUCAGGAAUAUGUGAACAAGAACAAACCUUUGCUUAUUGCAUUUACUGUUAAGAAUUGUAAGACCUGGUUUGACAGGAGCGCCCACAGUGUGUUAACGUGAGGCACGAGCUCCCGUUGUUCUUCAUUUACUUGAGCUGCUUUUAAAAAGGCUUUACUGACCAAAGGUUCAUGAGCGCUGUUUGCCAAGUGACCCCAUCUUUAUUUGUGUGUAAUUGUGUACUGUAUUUUGUACUAAUUUGAUGUUAGCUGGCUUCAGUUGCUCCACUCGGUGCUGUGUGAGAACUGUCUUUGAGCCGCGCUGGGUCAGACCUUGUCCUAUAUGUGCCGUGGGAUACUCUUCAUCUUUAUUUAAAACAGUUUUUUUAUAAGGAGGGACAGUAUGUUUUUUGCACUUUUUUAUAUUUCCAUGACACAUGUGAUGUCCCGGCAUUUUAUUUGCUUCAUUAAAUAACAAAAUAAAAUGUGUUUAAAGAUCUU